CGCUUUCGAACUGCACUGACUGAAGCCAGGGGGGAGAGCUUUGUGCCGAAACUAGGAAUCCAACCUGUGACAGACUAAUGAAUUAAAACGGCCCACUUGAGAGAGGCCAGUAGAAGACCGUGUGGAUCACGUAUCGACGAGCAUGGAGUUCCCGCAACAGCAGAAACCGGCGGGGGACGGCAAGAUCGUCUAUCCCCCGGGAGUGAAAGAGAUCACGGACAAGAUCAGUAACGACGAGGUUGUCAAGCGGCUGAAGAUGGUGGUAAAGACCUAUAUGGAUAUGGACCAGGACUCUGAGGAGGAGAAACAGCAGUAUCUUGGCCUGGCGCUACACCUGGCCUCAGAGUUCUUCCUCAGGAACCCCAAUAAGGAUGUGCGCCUGCUGGUGGCCUGCUGUCUGGCUGACAUCUUCAGGAUCUAUGCCCCAGAGGCCCCUUAUACCUCCCAUGAUAAACUCAAGGACAUCUUUCUGUUCAUCACCAGACAGCUGAAGGGACUGGAAGACACCAAAAGCCCUCAGUUCAACAGAUACUUUUACCUGCUGGAGAACUUGGCUUGGGUCAAAUCCUACAACAUCUGCUUCGAGCUUGAGGACUGUAAUGAGAUCUUUAUUCAGCUAUUCAAGACUCUCUUUUCUGUCAUCAAUAAUAGCCAUAACCAGAAGGUACAGAUGCACAUGAUGGACCUGAUGAGUUCUAUCAUCAUGGAGGGAGAUGGAGUCACACAGGAGCUGCUGGAUACCAUCCUCAUCAACCUCAUACCUGCACACAAGAAUCUCAACAAGCAGGCGUACGACUUAGCCAAGACCCUGUUGAAGAGGACAGUUCAAACCAUUGAGACAUGCAUUGCUAAUUUCUUCAACCAAGUGCUGGUAAUGGGCAAGUCGUCAGUCAGCGACCUAUCGGAGCACGUCUUUGACCUGAUCCAGGAGCUGUUUGCCAUUGACCCUCUUCUGCUAACCUCAGUUAUGCCUCAGCUGGAGUUCAAACUGAAGAGUAAUGAUGGCGAGGAGCGCUUAGCUGUUGUACGGCUGCUAGCCAAAUUGUUUGGGGCCAAAGACUCUGAGCUGGCAACACAGAACAGACCCUUGUGGCAGUGCUUCUUAGGACGGUUCAAUGACAUCCAUGUUCCAGUGAGGCUGGAGUGUGUCAAGUUUGCUAGCCACUGCCUUAUGAACCACCCAGACCUGGCCAAAGAUCUUACAGAGUACUUGAAGGUGCGGUCACAUGACCCAGAGGAGGCCAUCCGUCAUGAUGUCAUCGUCACCAUCAUCAAUGCUGGGAAAAAAGAUCUCAAUUUGGUCAACGACCAGCUGUUGGGCUUUGUACGAGAGAGGACUUUGGACAAGAGGUGGCGUGUACGUAAGGAGGCCAUGAUGGGCCUGGCCCAGCUUUACAAGAAGUACUGUCUGCACCACGAGGCAGGGAAGGAGUCUGCCCUGAAGAUCAGCUGGAUCAAAGACAAGCUGCUGCACAUCUAUUACCAGAACAGCAUUGAUGACAAGUUAUUAGUGGAGAAGAUCUUUGCCCAGUACAUGGUCCCUCACAGUCUCGACACAGAGGAGAAAAUGAAGUGUCUCUAUUACCUCUAUGCCUGCCUCGAUACAAACGCUGUCAAGGCUCUGAACGAAAUGUGGAAGUGUCAGAACAUGCUCAGAGGCCUUGUCAGAGAGCUGCUGGACCUUCACAAGCUGCCAGUGUCUGAGGCCAACAGUACAGCCAUGUUUGGAAAGCUGAUGACAAUUGCCAAGAACUUGCCAGACGCGGGUAAGGCACAGGACUUCAUGAAGAAGUUCAAUCAAGUCCUCGGGGAAGACGAGAAGCUCAGGAUCCAGCUGGAGACCCUCAUCAGUCCAACAUGUUCCUGCAAGCAGGCCGAGAUCUGUGUGAGAGAGAUCACUCGGAAGCUGACAUUCCCCAAACAGCCAACAAACCCCUUCCUGGAGAUGGUUAAGUUUCUGUUGGAGCGAAUCGCCCCCGUCCACAUCGACUCCGAGGCUAUCAGUGCACUGGUGAAGCUGCUAAACAAGUCCAUUGAGGGCACAGCAGAUGAUGAUGAGGAGGGAGUCACCCCAGAUACAGCCAUCCGGUCUGGACUGGAGCUACUUAAGGUUCUGUCGUUCACCCAUCCCACGGCGUUCCAUUCGGCGGAGACCUACGAGUCCCUGCUCCAAUGUUUAAAGAUGGAGGAUGACAAAGUGGCGGAGGCAGCAAUUCAGAUUUUCAGGAACACAGGCCAGAAGAUCGAAACGGAGCUGCAGCAGAUAAGAUCGACUCUGAUUCCCAUCCUGCAUCAGAAAGCCAAGCGGGGUACGCCCCAUCAGGCCAAGCAAGCCGUCCACUGCAUCCAUGCCAUCUUCAACAACAAGGAAGUGCAACUGGCACAAAUUUUUGAGCCCCUGUCUCGUAGUCUAAACGCAGAUGUCCCGGAGCAGCUCAUCACUCCUUUGGUGUCCCUGGGCCACAUCUCCAUGCUGGCCCCGGAUCAGUUUGCCUCGCCGAUGAAGUCCAUUGUAGCCAACUUCAUCGUUAAGGACUUGCUCAUGAACGACAGGUCAACAGGGAACAAGAACGGGAAGCUGUGGACUGCUGAUGAGGAAGUCUCACCUGAGGUUCUAGCCAAGGUACAGGCCAUCAAGCUGCUUGUGCGUUGGUUACUGGGAAUGAAGAACAACCAGUCCAAGUCUGCAAACUCCACCCUGCGCUUGCUAUCGGCCAUGCUGGUUAGCGAGGGAGACCUUACAGAGCAGAAGAAGAUCAGUAAGUCAGACAUGUCUCGUCUAAGGCUAGCUGCCGGUGGAGCCAUCAUGAAGUUGGCCCAGGAGCCCUGUUACCAUGACAUCAUCACUCCUGAACAGUUCCAGCUCUGUGGACUUGUCAUCAAUGAUGAGUGCUAUCAGGUGCGGCAGAUCUUUGCCCAGAAGUUGUACAUGGCGCUAGUCAAGGUGCUGCUGCCCCUGGAGUACUUGGCAGUUUUUGCCCUGUGUGCAAAGGAUCCUGUCAAGGAGCGUCGCGCUCACGCCCGGCAGUGCCUCCUUAAAAACAUCACUGUUCGCAGAGAGUACAUCAAACAAAACCCGCUAGCUCAAGAAAAGCUAGUAUCCCUCCUUCCCGAGUAUGUGGUCCCGUACAUGAUCCAUCUGCUAGCCCACGACCCAGAUUUCACGAAGCCACAGGAAUACGAACAGCUUAAAGACAUCAAAGAGUGCUUGUGGUUUAUGCUGGAAGUGCUCAUGACCAAGAAUGAGAACAACAGCCACGCCUUCCUGAGGAAGAUGGUGGAGAAUAUCAAACAGACAAAGGACGCCCAGUGUCCUGAUGACGCCAAGGCCAACGAGAAAUUGUACAUUGUAUGUGACGUGGCUCUCUUUGUCAUCGCCAACAAGAGCACUGCGUGCCACCUGGACUCUCCCAAAGACCCCGUCCUCCCUACUAAGUUCUUCCUCGUGCAGGACAAGGACUUCAAAAAUGACAAAGACUAUCUCACUGCUGAGACGAGACAAAUGCUGCUCACUGGCAAGCCCAAGACUACUCCGGUUCUGGGAGCGGUGAACAAGCCUCUGACUGUACCGGGCAGGAGGAUCUUCACAAAGACCACGACAGGCUCGGACACUGCCAGCAACGCCAGCGCCAACUCCCAAUUGAGUUCCUCGGCUCUCAACAAGAACAGUAACAGUAAUGCUGCCACAGAGCUGCCAGAAAGCGGGGCCCGGGAAAACAACGAGAACCCUGUCAUCAAAAAUGAGGGUGGGAAGAAGGAGGAGGCGGGUCAGAAUGCGACCCCUAUCGUCACAACGGAGGCGUCUCCCGUCAAACGACGCGGCCGUCCACCCAAGUCGGCACUCGCCACCCCCGCCGCAGCGGCCGAGAAGGAGGGUGGGGCAGCAGCAGGCGGCGGAGCCGGCAGAGGCAGGAAGAGGGUGGCAGAUCCCGUCUCUGACCCCUCGGCAGAAUCCAUCAACAUCAAGAUGUCGAAACAGCAGCAGCAGAAGGACGAAGGGACCAAGAGACAGAUCGACUUGCAGAGGUAAAGAGAUCGCUGAAGGCCAGAAGAAAUCUGUCGAGAACGUACCAGACUUCUCCUCCUCCUGUCCCAAACCCUGUGCAUACGCUCCUCUGAUUAAAAAGCUCUUCUGGACACACAAUGGACCUUUCUUAAACGCAUUUAAAUAAACACACACCACUGAUAUUCUAGAGGGUUUUAAACACCUUGUAGUCAUAAAUUGAAUCUCAUUGUAUGUAGAUCUUACUCUCAAAACAUGUUAUUUUUUUCCCCUUUGUGUUUGUUGCUCUUUGCUUCUUUUGUGGAGCCAUUUUUAAGAAAAAAAAGAAAAAAAAAGAUGGACAUUUUACAAGCGUUUUAAUCUGGUAAAUGAUUGUUGCUUAUUAAAUUCCCUGGG